UUGCCCAGAGGGACCUUGAGUACCGGGCCCAGGCGGGGCCGGGCAGCCCUGGAGGCCGGACAGUGCGGGGAGCGGGGCCCUGUUGCACGCCGGGUCCCCUGCACGCUCGCGCUGGGCGGCCAUCAGGCUCUUUGCUCGAGCCGGGAGACAGUGGCACGGAGGGGCGCAGACUUACACCCAAGCGCCCUGGUUCUCGACUCUGCGAUUCCAGGCUCCAAGACCUUUCCUAAAGUGGACCGGCGUUUAGGGUCUCCCUUGCAGUACCUGGGAUGUGGGCAGUGAUUGAUUAAUUGGGAGUUUUCUAGCUCUGGGGAAGUCAGGGGAUCAUCGUGGGUAAGGGCACGGGCUGUGGAGGCCGACAGACCCACUUUACAGACGGGAGUCCCAGGAAGAAUGAGACUAAGGCGCUUGCAGAAGGUCACCCAGCUUGGGUUUGGGAUCCAUUCCAUGUAGAAGUGACCAGACAUUGCUGACCCAGGGUGGUCAGGACUGGGAUGGGUGUGCUUUCAGCAUAAACUAAUCCUACGGGGGAGUUAGUCCAGGUGCUGAUCACUUCUGAUCCAUUGCUGCCUCAACUAAACCAAAGCUGCAGAACAUACUAGUUCAGGCAUCCAUCCUUCAGGCAUUUAGGGAAUGGAUGGAGUGACAGCAAGGUGCUGUCGACCCACCCACUGGGAUGUCACUGACAUGUGGGAGGCAGCACAGGGAAGAGGAGUGCAGGUUGAGAGGGAAGAAUGAAGCUGACUUUCUGUGUGACCUUGGACAAGUUCCUUGCCUUCUUUGGGCCCUCGUUUCUCCGGUGGUGACCAGCAAUGGCAGCAUCGGGAGGGACCCGCCGGCGGAGACCCAGCCCCAGAACCCACCACCCCAGCCAGCACCCAACGCCUGGCAGGUCAUCAAAGGCGUGCUGUUCAGGAUCUUCAUCAUCUGGGUCAUCAGCAGCUGGUUCCGCCGAGGGCCGGCCCCUCAGGACCAGGCAGGCCCCGGGGGAGCUCCGCGCGUCGCCAGCCGCAACCUGUUCCCCAAAGACACUUUAAUGAACCUGCACGUGUACAUCUCCGAGCACGAGCACUUUACAGACUUCAACGCCACGUCAGCGCUGUUCUGGGAGCAGCACGACCUCGUGUACGGCGACUGGACUAGUGGCGAGAACUCGGAUGGCUGCUACGAGCACUUCGCCGAGCUCGAUAUCCCACAGAGCGUCCAGCAGAAUGGCUCCAUCUACAUCCACGUCUACUUCACCAAGAGUGGCUUCCACCCAGACCCCCGGCAGAAGGCCCUCUACCGCCGGCUCGCCACGGUCCACAUGUCACGGAUGAUCAACAAAUACAAGCGCCGGCGAUUUCAGAAAACCAAGAACCUGUUGACGGGAGAGACAGAAGCCGAUCCAGAAAUGAUCAAGAGGGCCGAGGACUACGGUCCCGUGGAGGUGAUCUCCCACUGGCACCCCAACAUCACCAUCAACAUCGUGGACGACCACACGCCAUGGGUGAAGGGCAGCGUGCCGCCGCCUCUGGACCAGUAUGUGAAGUUCGAUGCCGUGAGUGGGGACUACUACCCCAUCAUCUACUUCAACGACUACUGGAACCUGCAGAAGGACUACUACCCCAUCAACGAGAGCCUGGCCAGCCUGCCGCUCCGCGUCUCCUUCUGCCCACUCUCGCUCUGGCGCUGGCAACUCUACGCUGCCCAGAGCACCAAGUCGCCCUGGAACUUCCUGGGUGACGAGCUGUAUGAGCAGUCAGACGAGGAGCAGGACUCGGUGAAGGUUGCGCUCCUAGAGACCAACCCCUACCUGUUGGCGCUCACCAUCAUUGUGUCCAUCGUCCACAGUGUCUUUGAGUUCCUGGCCUUCAAGAACGAUAUCCAGUUUUGGAACAGCCGGCAGUCUCUGGAGGGCCUGUCCGUGCGCUCCGUCUUCUUCGGCGUGUUCCAGUCUUUCGUGGUCCUUCUCUAUAUCCUGGAUAAUGAGACCAACUUCGUGGUCCAGGUCAGCGUCUUCAUCGGGGUCCUCAUCGACCUCUGGAAGAUCACCAAGGUCAUGGACGUCCGGCUGGACCGGGAGCACAAGGUGGCAGGACUCUUUCCCCGUCCAACCUUCAAAGACAAGUCCACGUAUAUCGAGUCCUCGACCAAAGUGUAUGAUGAUAUGGCGUUCCGGUACCUGUCGUGGAUCUUGUUCCCGCUCCUGGGCUGCUAUGCUGUCUACAGCCUCCUGUACCUGGAGCACAAGGGCUGGUACUCCUGGGUGCUCAGCAUGCUCUAUGGCUUCCUGCUGACCUUCGGCUUCAUCACCAUGACCCCCCAGCUCUUCAUCAACUACAAGCUCAAGUCUGUGGCCCACCUGCCCUGGCGCAUGCUUACCUACAAGGCCCUCAACACCUUCAUCGAUGACCUGUUUGCCUUUGUCAUCAAGAUGCCCGUCAUGUACCGGAUCGGCUGCUUGCGGGACGAUGUGGUCUUCUUCAUCUACCUCUACCAACGGUGGAUCUACCGCGUCGACCCCACGCGGGUGAAUGAGUUUGGCAUGAGUGGCGAGGCCCCGACGGCAGCCGCCCCUGUGGCCGAGGCCCCGACGGCAGCAGGGGCCCUCCCACCGCCACCCGCCCCGGCCCCCGCCACAACCGCCGCCGCCGCCACCGCCGCCGCCGCCGCCACCACCACCAGAGAGGAGGCCUCCACGCCCCUGCCCGCCAAGCCCACCCAGGGGGCCAGCUCUGCCAGCGAGCCCCAGGAAGCCCCUCCAAAGCCAGCAGAGGACAAGAAAAGGGAUUAGCUGCCCCUGGUCCUCCUCUUCCGCUCCGGCUCCUGGUGACCACCACCACCCCCACCCACCCACGCUGUCCUGGCCCCCUCGCCUCCCCUCCCUGUCGCCCUUUCCCUGGACAGAUCGGGCCAGGGCGGCGGGAGGCCCCCCUCGGGCCGGAGCCCAGCGUGUGUCGGGGGGCCGGGGCAGGCCAGGGCAUGUUGUCUGUGGAGGCGCCGUCUGUCCGUAUGUUCCUCUGUGUUUCUAGCCAUCUCGCCCUGCCGGCCCAGCACCAUUGGGAAUCAUGGUGAAGCCGACGUGGCGCUGCCGAGGUUGGGGGCCAGGCGGGGAGAGCGGCCGGGGCCCCUCUGUGGGAUGCCCAUGGCCAUCCAUCAUCUUGUCCCCUGUCCCCCGGCCACGCCCCUCCUCCCAGACCGCCGCCCUUUAACACAGUCUGGAUUUAAUAAAUUCAUAUGGGUGUUUAACUUAAAC